GGGACACCGGCGGGGUGGCGUCCGAGGAAGGAGCGCGUGAGCCUGGUGGCAGGUGAGGGUGUGAGGGCGGAGCCGGGUCGGUCACGGCGGUCCGCCCGGCUCGGGUCGGGCGCGGAGCGUGGGCUGGAGCCGGGAGCUCGCGGUGGGGGGCGGGCGGCGGGCGCGGGCAGCGCAGAGGGGCCGCAGGAGCGCGGCGGGUCGGGGCUGGCGAUGCGGGUGCACCUGGGCGCCCUGGCCGGCGCGGCGGCGCUCACCGGGGCCCUCAGCUUCGUGCUGCUGGCGGCCGCCAUCGGCACCGACUUCUGGUACAUCAUUGACACCGAGCGGCUGGAGAGGAGCGGCCCCGGGACGCAGGACCGGCUGGGGACGGCCAACCGCAGCCAGCCCGAGUCCCUGAGCUCGCACUCCGGACUCUGGCGAACUUGCCGGGUGCAGAGUUCGUGCACCCCGCUGAUGAACCCCUUCUGGUUGGAGAAUGUGACAGUCAGCGACUCCAGCAAGCAACUUCUCAGAGUCUUAAUAAUCUUUCCGAGUCUCAUUUUCCACAUCGAUCAAAAGAAGAUAUCAAAACCCUGGGGGCUGAGGUCAGGAUUCCAUUAAGAAGAACGAAAGUGCAGGAAAAAGAACUUUCCCAGGAACUCACAGGGCUCUGGGGUCGUGCUGGCAGCUCCGGGUCACAUGGAGGAACGAGCGGACGUUCCCUUGGGACGCUCUCCCUUCUGGACUCUCCUGAGCUGUAGUCACACCUAUGGAGUGCCGACCCUCCAGCAGCCACCGUGUCCCAGGUGGGGUGAACUGGAUGGCUAGCUGCACUUGGCUUCCUUUUGAAAUGGGUAAAGCAACCAGCCAGCUCCUUCAGGAUUCUGAGAAACAGGGAGAAGUCACUCGCCACUCACCCCCGGAUGUGGGUCUGAACGCCAGCUUCACCACCAACUAGGUGUCUGGCCUUGGACCUUCCUCUACCUUUCUGAGCCUCAGCUGCCUCACGGGCCAAAUGAAGGUGACGGUCGAUACCCUCCUAAAGUUUCCGUGAGGUUGGGACAGGAGAGCAUCUUUAAGACCCAGGGUGCUGCUUGGCCGCCACACCUGGCCCUGAGCAGCAGCUACAGUUAUGGUCAUUGUCUCAACCGAGAAGCUGGGCAGGCUGCCCUCAGACUGUGUGUCUGUUGAAAAUCACCCCCAGAAUCUCUUUUUCCUCCAAAUGCAUUUUGAGUUUGGUCCAAAUUCUUUUCUUAUGCAAAGGCUUUUCUUUCCUUCAAGGAGCUGCUGCGGAGGCCAGAGAGACCAGGCCGUUGAUGAGCAGCCCAGCUCUGAGUCAGCCUCCCAGGCAGGUCCUGGUGGGUGUCUGGGAAUAAACCUGGGUUUCCUUCCUCCAAGACAACCAGAGCAGGCAGACCCAGAGCUGCUGGCCAACCGCCUGGACUCCGUGAUUCUGUUUGACCUGCGGUCAGUGAAGUUGAGGGGAAGCAUCAGGUUCGUGAGCAGGCGUGCCCCAUGUGCUCAGCUGGCUCAGCCAGGUGACAGAGCCCGGAAUCCCCCUUGCUGGGUCUUCCAGAGAGCUCUGGGGAGCCAUGGGUUUGGCUGCUUGGCCAGGAACUGGAACGAUUUUGGGUGGCAAGGAGGUCACCAAACUCAGCACAGCGUGUGGUGGGGAACCAGCCAGGGAGCUUUGGUGGCAGGUGACAGAGAAUCAGAUUGCACUGGUUAAAAGAAAGAGGAACUGCGACCUAGGCAAGGCCAAGCUGGAGCCUCUCCCCAACCCUCUGCCUCCGUGGGCGUGGCUGCCUUCCGGGUGGGCCUGAGCAACAACCUCACAAAACUUCCAGUCAGGUACCAGGUUGGGUCACAUGCCUGGUGCUGAGCCAACACUGGUGGGCCAGGACGAGGCAGUUGUCACCUGUAACAAGAGGCAGGAUGGGACCAGCCUGUUGCUGAUGAGGGGAUGGGGAGUGGGGUGCACACAGUAGGAGCUCAGUUAAUGCCUCCUCCUGCUUGGAAUCAUAUCAUCUCUCUGAAUCUCAAGGUUUUCAAUGUAAAAUGGAGCUAGCAAUCACAGACCCACCGGACUCACUUCCUUCCCUAGUUAUUUAGUUCCCUCCGCACUGGGCUGGCUUUCUGAAUAGAACACGCGGGAUGUGACAGUGUCCCAGGCAUGCUCUGAACUCUCUGCACGUGUUCAUCAGCUCAUUCAAUCUUUGUAACAGGCACUAUCCUGAUCAUCCUCGACUUUGCUGGUGAGGAAACUGAGGCACAGAUCAGUUAGUUCAAUUACCCAAGUUUGCACAGCAGCCAACAGAUCUGGAAUUCAAACCCUGUUUGCUUUUACCCUGUUGGCACAAUGCUAUGCUGAGUUUCAUCUCCAUAUAUUCCGUGUAUAUUAAGAUCAGAGACCUCGGCAACCCCAUAGGAGCUUCCUGCUUGCUGUAUUCUGGGUUCAGAGUCCUGCUACCUCACACUGCCUCCUUCAGACAGGGAGCAGAGUUCUGCAUUAUGAGGAUGCCUGGCAGGUGCAAAGCCGAGCA